CUUUGCCCACUGAAAAAAAAGAGAUGAAUACACAAUCAUCCACUUUGAUCGAAGUUUUCACACAGUCUCAUCUGAGGCUGCUCCAACAAGGAUGCACAUGUGAAAGCUGCAAACUGGAUUAAACUUGAGGCUGAGCAGUGGAAGGACAUGGAGGCUGUGAUUACACUGUUGCUGAUGCUGCUCGGAGUCUCUUACAGUGUGGAGACCCACUGUGAUGGCAGACAGGAUGGAGCUCAGUGUUAUGGAGCUGUGGGAGGAACUGUGUUCAUUCGGCUGAUGGACACAAUCCCACCAAGAUUUACUUUCCAGAAAAACAAAACAAGAAUUUUGCGCUGGAAAAAUAAAGCACUUUCUAUUGAAGUGAUGAAAAACCAAUUAUCCUUUGAUCCCAGUAAUGGAAUAUUAAGAAUCAAUAAUCUGCAGAAAAGUGACAGUGACAAAUAUUCACUUGAAAUUCAAGAUUCAGAUGCAGUCGUAGUAGAGAAUCGGACUCUAAACUUGUCCAUUCAAGCUCCCUUCUCCUCUGUCACGUUGGUGAAUGACUGUUUGUCCCAGGGAGAGAUGAGGAUGUCCUGCACCACUGAGGGAGGGGGGGACAGUCCUCAGUACAGUUGGACUCUGGAUGGACACACACUGACACAGGAUGAGCUCCUCUCUGGAAAUAAGGACACUGACAUCAUCGUUCUGAGACAGAACGUGUCAGGACUCCUGGUCUGCUCAGUCAGUAAUCACGUCAGUAGCAUCUCCAAAGACAUGAGGAUACCGACCUGUGUUUUCAUCAACUGCACCUUAUCCAAUGGGACGCACGUAUCACAGUGGGUGUUUGCAGCCACUAACACACUGUGUGUUGAGCCCACCACGGUCACAGACACUACUGCUGGUAAGAGGACAGAGUCAGUCACACUCUCCAAUAAUAUCACAUCCUCCAAUCAAACUGUGACUCCCUCCAGAGGUGAUGACCCAUGGUUCAUUAAGUAUUUGCCAGUGAUGGCUGGUGUACUUUCAGCACUGGUACUUCUCUUAGUGCUUGGUGUAUCUGUCAUUUGUGUUCAGAAGAAAAAGAAAAAAAGUGCCAAAGAGGAAGAGGAUGAACAGGAAUUAACCUAUUCAGAUGUCAGGGUUGUGCAGAGGAGGCACAUACAGCAGAGGGACGAGGGGGAGGUGGAGUACGGACAAGUCAGGAUUUCAGAGCGACCUCAGCGGGCUGUUGAACGAAGUACAGACGACUGUGUCUAUGCUGAGGUGGUUGUCAAGAAUCAAUGAGGACAGUUGCAUUAAUUUAACACAUUCUUGUUUUCGUAUAAGCAUUUUGAAAUCCUUGUUAAAAAACUGUAAAGUCAUGUCUCUGUGUGCCAUCAGGGCAUUUAUGUUGGUCAAUCAUCUUUUAAUUUAAUGUAAAUGUAAGACAUACAUGGUGGGAUUAAUUGAGGACCGAGUCGUGUGUGUAUGUGUGAAGAUAAGAGAAAUGUAAAUUUGCUUUUGACAAGAAUUUGUUCUCAUGA